AUGGUCUGCUGUGAUGGAGAAAACUGUCAGCUAGAGUGGUUCCACCAACCCUGCAUUAACCUAAAGAUACUACUUAAAGAAAAUGGUACUGUGAUGAUUGCUAGAGGUAACUAUCGGAAGUCCUCUGGCGGUCAGCGCUACUUCAGGCCUCGCUGCUACCUAUGCAAAUGCGGGUAG